ACUCUCCCAUUGGCUGCUGGUGCGGUGGCGGUUUGCAGUGAGUCUAGCACGUUGAGCUGAAGGCUCUGGCGAGUACCGAGACGCCGGGCUUGGUGUCUAGCUGAGGGUGUGGUGGGAUUCCUCAGUCAGGUCAGGUCUGGGUUCUUGGGGGAUGGAUCGCGUGUGGACUGCGUGGUGCGGGAAGGGCGUCAAAGAGAAAAAUUUGUCGCCCCUCUGGGCCCAGCGCAUCGUAGUCGCCUGGCUCAGUAAGGCUGAGUGGGAUCAGGUGACAGUGUACCUGUUCUGUGAUGACCAUAAAUUGCAGCGGUACGCGCUGAACCGCAUCACAGCGUGGAGGAGCAGGUUAGGCAACGAACUGCCUCUGGCAGUGGCUUCUACUGCUGACCUCGUACGCUGUAAGCUCUUGGAUGUAACUGGUGGCUUGGGCACUGAUGAACUUAGACUGCUCUAUGGCAUGGCAUUGGUCAGGUUUGUGAAUCUUAUCUCGGAGAGGAAGACAAAGUCUGCCAGGCUCCCCCUCAAGUGCCUGGCUCAGGAGGUGAACAUUCCAGAUUGGAUUGUUGAACUUCGCCAUCAGCUGACCCACAAGAAAAUGCCUCACAUAAAUGACUGCCGUAGAGGUUGCUAUUUUGUCCUGCAAUGGCUCCAGAAGACCUACUGGUGCCGCCAACUGGAGAACAGCCUGAGAGAGGCAUGGGAGUUGGAGGAGGACAAGGAAGAGGCAGAUGAAGACUGCCAGGAGGAAUCAAAGAGCACUCUUGAGAGCAUCGCAGACCAGAAACCAAAGCCUGAGGAUGAGAAGAAAGGUGCAGAGCUGGAUGUCAGGACUGGUGGAGACAGCCAAGGCGACAAAGAGAUAGAUGCGCAUUUGGAAAAGGCUCGGAGAAAUAAAGAGCUGUAUGAAAGAGCCCGAGAACUGCUGGUAUCAUAUGAAGAGGAGCAGUUUAAGGUGCUGGAAAAAUUUAGGUUCUUACCUCAGGCCAUUAAGGUGUGGAAUCAGCUGCCUCCACCUAUAGACUGCAUCUUGGCAGACCUCAAGGGCAUUACAUGGGAGAACAGGGGCGUUGUGCUGGAUGCUUUCCUGGAUGAUGGCUUCCUCAUCCCCACAUUUGAGCAGUUGGCAGCUUUGCAGAUAGAGUAUGAAGAAAACAUGGACUUUGAUGAUAUCGUGGUACCAAAGCCAUUCUCUCAGUUCUGGCAGCCCCUGAUCAGGGGCCUGCAUUCCGAGGCCUUCACGCACGCCCUGCUGGAGAAGAUGUUGUCUGAGCUGUCAGCCUUGGGGAGCAAUGGGAUCCGGGCCACCUACAUCCUGAGAUGGACCGUUGAACUGAUCGUGGCCAACACCAAGGCUGGACGGAAUGCCCGCCAGUUUUCUGCUGUCCAGUGGGAAGCAAGGAAAAGCUGGAGGCUCUUCAACUGCUCUGCCUCCCUGGACUGGCCCCGGUUGGUUGAGUCCUGCUUGGCCUCACCCUGCUGGGCCAGCCCCCAUCUCCUUCAGCUCAUCUUCAAAGCCAUGGGGCAGGUCCUGCCAGAUGAGGAGCAGAAGAAGCUGCUGAGCAUCUGUUCCAUCUAUACCCAGAAUGGUAAAAACAGCCUGGUGCAGGAGGGCACAAAGGCCUCCCCUGUUGUGAAGUCUGCAUACACACUGGACAGCCUGUAUUGGAGCCUCAAACCAGCUGCCUCCUUCUGCGGGCCUGCAGGAGCAGACCAGCAGCAGGAGGAGGAGGGCAACCUUAACCACGUCCAGGAUCAUGAAGAGGAGGAGGAGGAAGAGGAGAAGGAGGUCAUGGAAGACCAGGUAGAAGAGGAGGAAGAGGAGAAUGCUGACCAAGGGAAGUGGGAGGAAGAGGAAGAUGAAGAUGACGAGGAUGAUGAAGACGAUGAAGACGAGGAAGAGGAUGACAGAAUGGAGGUGGGCAUUCUCUCCCUGGUGGAGUCGUCCCCCAGUGCCGAGAGUGCCAGGGCCCUGGCCCAGAAAAGAGAAGCUUUGCAGGGCUCUCCGUGGCAAGUGAGCUCAGAAGAUGUGCGGUGGAUCAACUUCCCCAUAGGCCUCAUGCCAGGUCAGACCGAGGACCCAGCAGAGCUUAUGGUGGAGAAUUAUGAGACCAUGUAUCUUUUGGACCAGCCUGUGCUAGAGCAGCGGCUGGAACCUCCAACAUGCAAGAUGGGCACCCUGGCCCUUACCUGUGGCAUCGGCAGUGGCAACUGUAGCAAUGGCAGCGACGACCUGGAGGGCCUUCUCUGGAGCCAGGGCCAGCUGCACGGGCUCAAAACUGGUCUGCAGCUCUUCUGAUGUCCGCCUUAGUCCCCUGUUCUGUUGCACCUGAUGUUCCCCGAAACCUCCCGGGAGCUAACUCUUGUCAGCCACGUCAGUUCAGUGUUCAACCCAAUGUUAUUUGGAUUGGUUUUGUUUGUUUUUUUGUUGUUGUUGUUGUUGUUGGAAAUACAAUAAACAGGCAAUUGUUG